AUGUUCGGUAAAAUAGGAAACUUCUUUAACAAAGUUUAAGUAAAAACUGAUGCCUUUUUCUAAGCACACCAUUCUAAUUAGCAUCACCAUACUCAUUCUUAGUAACCUCCUCAUUAAGGUUAAUAUCCUCCUCCUCCUGAAAUGUAGGCUUAGUACCCUCCUCACUAAUAAUAAGGAUAAUAUCCUCCACCUCCUCCUGAUAUGCACGCCUAAUAGUGCUCAUUCCCUUCAUAAUAAUAAGGUUCUUUCCCUCCUCCACCUCCUUUUGCUGAUUAGUUUUAACCUUAAUAGUUCGGUUGCCAAAAUCAAAAUCCUUACUACAACGAUAAAAGAAAAUCAGUCUUCAAAAAAUUUAGCAAAAAAGCUGGUAAAGACAACCACUAAAAUUCAAACUACUUUGAUCACUUAGAGUAAUCUAGUUUGAAAAAUUCAUUCCAUACACCUGAAGUUAAAAGAAUAACAGUAUUCCACAACAAUAACAUAGUAGUAGGUAUAGAAGUUACAUAUUCAACCUUAGGAAAUUAGAAUGCAGCUACAAUUUCAAGCAAAGGUACUUCUUGUUAUGGUUUCGUUUAGUCUUCUUCUAUCGAAUUGAGCUUCGGUGAACGUAUUGAAGAAAUAUCUGGUCGUGCUGGAGAUUCAAUAGACCGCAUAAAAAUUAAAACUAACAAAAACUAAGUUUUGGAAGUAGGUGGAUUCGGUGGCUAGCCAUUCAAUUUUAUUCUUGUAGGUUACCAUCCAACUGUUAUAAGUUUUGGAGGUUCCACACGUGAAUAUUUAGAUUCAAUUUAUGUCAUUUAUAAAUGA